UUCAGACGUUGCUCAUUCCAAAAUGGCUGAAGAGGAGAAAGCUGCUGCGCUCCCAGUUCCUACUGAAGCAAAGAAACGACGAGCUCCUAAAGCUCCAGAGCUUCCCAUUGUGGAGAGAAGAAACUGGCUCAUCCACCAGCAUUAUAUCCGCAAAGACUAUGACACGUGUAAGGUAAUAAUCAAAGAACAGCUGCAGGAGACUAACGGGAUGUGUGAAUAUGCCAUAUACGUUCAAGCAUUAAUCCUGCGUCUUGAGGGCAAGAUCCAGCAGUCCCUGGAGCUGUUUCAGAGCUGUGCAAGCCUUAAUCCCAGCAGUCCUGAUAAUCUCAAACAAGUGGCCCGAUCAUUAUUUCUCCUGGGAAAACACAAGGCAGCUAUUGAAUUUUAUAAUGAAGCUGCGAGGCUCAAUGAGAAAGACUGGGAGAUCAGUCAUAAUCUUGGGGUCUGUUAUUCCUUCCUAAAAGAUUUCAAAAUGGCUGAAGAACAUCUGAACACAGCUCUGCAGUUUAACAAACACGACAAGACCUUUAUGAUGCUUGGGAAAGUUAAUUUGCUGGCUGGAGACACUGACAAGGCCAUUGAAGUCUACAAGAGGGCAGUGGAAUUCUCUCCAGAAAAUACUGAACUCCUGACAACUCUCGGUCUGCUGUUUCUACAGCUUGGGAAAUACCAAAAAGCUUUUAAACACCUUGGGAAUGCCCUCACUUUUGACCCUAACAACUAUAAGGCCAUCCUGGCUGCAGGCAGCAUGAUGCAGACCCACGGUGACUUUGAUGUGGCCAUGAAUAAGUACCGAGUGGCGGCGUGCGCUGCGCCUGAGAGUCCUCCUCUCUGGAACAACAUCGGCAUGUGCUUCUUUGGCAAGAAGAAAUAUGUAGCUGCCAUCAGCUGCCUGAAGAGGGCGCACUACUUGUCUCCUUUUGACUGGAAAGUGUUGUACAACUUGGGUCUGGUUCAUCUCACCAUGCAGCAGUAUGCGUCUGCAUUCCACUUCCUCAGUGCAGCCGUCAACCUCAACCCCCAUCUGGGGGAACUCUACAUGCUGCUGGCAGUGGCUUUGACCAACCUGGAGGAUGUUGAAAAUGCCACCAGAGCGUAUGAACAAGCUGUGGCACUGGAUGAAUCCAACCCCCUGGUCAACCUGAACUUUGCUAUCUUCCUCUAUAACCAUGGUGAGAAGAAGGGUGCUCUGCAGCAGUAUCAGGACAUGGAGACUAAAGUCAACUUGCUGAGAGACGGCAGCAGCGGCAGCUUCGAGUUUGAUCCCGAGCUGAUGGACAUGGCUCAGAAGAUGGGAGCAGCCCUGCAGGUUACAGAGAGUCUCGUUUGGACCAAACCGGAUAAGGAGUCCAAAUCAAACCCAAACAUGGCAGCUGCUUCCAUAUCUCCCAGUGCACCUCUUGGUAUGAACCAAGCCCUGGGUCAGGCCAUGUCUUCUGCUGCAAGCUACAACAAGAACCUGCAGCUGCCAGCAGGACUUCCUAAAAGCCCUUCCAUGCCUCUGGAACCAGAUCCUGAAGUGGAAAAAGCCCCCAGAGUGCCCACAGGUGCUCCUGGAUUACCCCACCCUGAAGACGCCAACAACCCCACAGUGUGAAGUGGAGGAUGUGGACGAGGUCCAAGCUCCUGUCACAGGGUCGGACCGAACGGUUUCCAUGUUGGACACCAGACUGUACAGUUAGCAUAAAGCCUACCUUACUGAUAACCAUUUCCCAUCACUUACCAUCUGACAAGAGGAACCAUAACCAAUUUAUUGUUAUCUUUGUUGUCACACUGGAUUCACUUCAUCCUGUUAAGCUGCUGUGAACAACUUGUUGACAGCAGACAUGUUGACAUGCUCAUUGAAGCUAAUUCACCUGCUUUUUCCUUCCACACUGCUGCACGUCUGUGUCGUCUUCAACAUUUAGAAA